UGAGCUGAGGCCGCAAAGGAGCCAGGUUUUCUUUUGCACUGAUUUCUUGGCGCUGGGGAAUGCAGUCAUCACCGCAAACCUCCUUUCACCUUUCUUUCUGUUUCUAGCCACUCUUUUCUGUAUUUUUCUACUAUCUCUUUUUGCACACGCUAUUCAAAUGUCAACCGCAGCCUACACCCAACUGCCGCCUGUCUAUGCGGCCACAGACAACAGCAUCUCCGAGGCCGGGCCCAGCGCGCCGCACGGCUCCUCGCCCGACGACGUCCCCGACGACUUCAAGUAUGGCGUGACUGUGGGCCAGUCGGACCUGAGCAUCCGGCACGCAUUUGUGCGCAAGGUGUACACGAUCCUGACGGCGCAGCUCCUGGCCACGACGCUGGUGGGCGGGUACAUGCGCUACGUGGAUGCGUCGACGGGCUUCCUCCUGCAGCACAUGUGGACCAUCUACGUGGCCAUGUUCGGGUCGAUUGCGGCCCUGGGCGUGGUGUUCUGGAAGCGCCACUCGCACCCAACCAACAUUAUUGCGCUGUCGGCGUUCACGCUGCUGGAGGCGUAUACGCUGGGCGCUGUCACCGCCAUGUUCCCGACGGCCAUGGUGCUGCAGGCGCUGCUGAUUACCCUGGGCCUGUUUGUGGUGCUGACCGUGUUCACCAUCCAGUCAAAGUACGACUUCUCGAGCCUUGGCCCGAUCCUGUUCUUUGCGCUCAUGGGCAUGAUGAUGGUCGGUCUGGUGCAGCUUUUUGUGCCGUUCAGCCGCACCACCGACCUGAUCUACUCGGUGUUUGGCGCCGUUGUCUUCUGCGGCUACAUCCUGUUUGACACCCACCAGAUCAUGAACCGCCUGUCGCCCGACGAGUACAUCAUUGCCAGCGUUGAGCUGUAUCUGGACAUAGUCAACCUGUUCAUUUACAUCCUGCGGAUCCUCAAUGAUAGGGACUAGGACCCGUGCUUUGAGUGAAUAAACUUUUUUUCCUUUCCAAAGACUACA